UCGUUUUGAAAAACAUCUCAACCGUUCACACUAGCUGAGAUGUUUUGGAAAUUGGUUUUAUUGUGACGCUUACUGCAUGUACAUAUUUGUUAGCGUAUUGAUUAUGUAGAAACAGCACAAAGGGUUUUGGUAGUUAUUUGACGUUUGACCCGUAUACAAGAUUUGAGUUCUUGCUUUUGUUUUUGAACGUUUCCUUAAUGGGUUAAAUUUUAAAACACGUUGCACUCUUACUCACUCCAUUAAUGAUGGCAAUGACAAAAUCCAAAGUAUGCUUUAAUGGCAAUAAAUUAAACUUUGGAAAACAUUGUAGUGUAUUUCGCAAUAGAUUCACAAAAGAAAAACAAAACUCGCCUGGUUAUAAACAAAAACAAGGUAAUUGAUUAUUGCUAUCAUAUCGCUCGCACCACAUUUUGCUACAAAUGUCAACACCAUAACUAACAACAACUAACAUAAGCUGGUCAAAUAAGGUUGGCGGCAAAAAGCUUUCACACACAAACAAGACACUACGCACUUGUCAAAAAUGUCAACAAAAUGCCAACAAAGUGGUAAUUUGCAAUCUUGCAAAGUCUAUCGUUGUCUGACAAAAAUUGCGUGCGGCGGUGGGGUAUUACGCAUUGGGUUGUCUCUCCCUCUACACUUCAUCACAAAUUUGCACUCUCUUGGCGGGUAUUUCUCUCAAUCUCUGUUUCUCACGACCUAUCAAUGACUUACAUAUGUACAUGUGUACAUGCAUACUUUGAAAGUAAUUCAAGCAAAGCUCCAUCAUUAAAGUGAUGCGAUGGGGUCGAUGGUAUUGCUGCGCGACUAAAGAAGAAGCUGAAAAACAUGUGUUUUGCCUACUGUCUGGCUUGAACGGCGGUAACAAAUGUCAUGAUUAUAAUGACUUAGUGCGUGUUUGUUUCGCUUAAUUUUUUAAAGAAAAAACGUGUAAAUUAAUUCUAAAUAAUGAAAAGGGCUGAAAAUUGUAUAUAACAAAAGAAUAAUUAAAGUGAUAAAUAUAAAGAAAUGUCGUUACGGUGUUAAAUUUUUGCGCCGCCAUACCACAUUAUUGCCCCUAACACCGCCUAGUGUUAACCGGUUGUUUGUUGGUUUUAUUGAAAUAAUCAAGUUCAAGGGCGUGCGCGUUCGUUAUAACAAAUAUUUUAUAAAUAAAGCAAAGUCAAAAAAAAUCUACAAAAUUUUAAAAAGAAAAAAAUCAAAUUAUUUUCUUUUAACACAGCGUUUUAAAGCAAUCAAAACACCAGUAGCAACAACAACAACAGCAGCGGCUAACAAAUAAAUGCACAAUAUAUUAACUUAAAAAGAAAAAGAAGGAAAAAAGCAAGAUAAACAACGCAACGCAAAAUACUUACCUAGGAGCAUUUAAUUCUUUCAAAUCAAAAUUGGCAAAAAAUUCUCUAUUGUGGUAUUUUUUACGUUUGCUUGCUUUCACAUGAAAAUUGCUCUUUUGAAGAAAAUUAUAUUUCUUCAGAAGUAGAAAAUAACACACACAAGAAAAAUAAAAAUUGAAACCAAACAAACGUUCGUUCCAGAACAAAGAAAAAGUAAAACUUAACAACGCAAUAUCUUUCUUGGGCUGCCAUCGGCAACAACAACACAUCUCAACAUCAUCCUUCGAUUGCAUUGCCGCGCACUUUCGUCUCCCAUCAUAGAAUUUCACAACAAGCCACCAACUGCCCACAGAUACCACCAACGAUAGUCUUCAACCGUCUCAUCACACCUUAUAAAAUAACAUUUCUUUGCUGCUGCAACCCUGAAAGCAGAAAAAAACCAAAAGCAAAAGAGUUCAACGAUUGUUCCCCCAAUUUUAAGCAUUUCGGAAAUUUCUCCAAGGCAAAAGACCACUUUUGGUGUAAAACAGCGAUUUUUGGCUGAGAUUUUUGUUGUUGGUCGAAAAACAAACAAACAAAGCGACAGACAGACCAACACGAGAAGCGGGUAAAGCUCUCGGGGCCAUUUGCUGGCCAACGAGGUCAUUGUAUACCAUUAAGGCCGUUGAGCAGGCAGAGCACACACAUAACGCACCCCCAGCCCCACACUGCCGGGUCUGGUGUGUUAACUGUUGCCACUUUAGGAAGUUGAAAAGCCAUAGCUUCAUUGGACAAAAAGUGCAUAUUAGUAAAACAAAGAGCUGAUAAACCGAUCUCUAUUGUAACCGCCGCCAACCCCAAAAUUUAAGCGGCAAGGAAAAUUGAUUGGAAAAAUUGUUGGCGGCAGUUGUUAUAAAAAAAUUCCAAACAACAUCCAAACAAGGAGACGACGACAACAACAACAACAACAGCAGCAGCGUCAGUUCGUUGUGGUGCGUUAUUGAACUGUUGAACAGUUUCACAUAGCGAGCAGCACAACAGCAUCCAGCAUCAGCACAGUCAUACCAAAAUUGCAUUCAUUGUCGUCCAUAGUUGGCCGACUGGUUGGGGGGAGGUUGGUAUUGAGGCGCACAGGAUAAGAGCUACGACCCAGGGGGAGUAGCUAGGGGUAGGAGGUGGGCUGUUGUUUGUGCAUUUCUUUCCUUAACGCAUGUGAUCUCAGCCAACAAGAAAAAGAACAACAACCGCCACCCACACGGACUUAUUAUUUGUUCGAGAUAACCUCAACACCAUUGUUGUUUUUCAGAUAAAGCACAUCGAACAACAUAUUACCUCCAUCCAUAAGAGGCACACUCACUCACUUACUCACUCACUGACAUUCAGUGACCAAGAAACAUCCACCAACUGAAACAAUUGUCGCUACCAGUCAGCCGCCCCAGUAAGCAACCCCGUCAACUACCUCCACCACCGCCUCUAACAACGCCAACAUCAUAGGCCAACAACAACGUCAACAUGAUUUCGAACAAAAAAUCAUACGCCAUGAAAAUGCUGCAGUUGGCUUUGGCCUUAAGCCUGUUGCAUGUCAACCCUGAUGAUUAUUUGCAACAGCGCCUGCAAAACUGGGACUCUCAGCUAGAGCUAAGAGAUGGCGAUGGCUGGGAGCUGGAAAUGCUGCGGGCAGUGCCCAUGGUAGAAUAUCCCUAUGCCAAUCGCAAGACCAUAAUGCCUCUAAUAGAAGACUUGGUAUUGUAUGAUCACUCAGCCGAGAGUUUGGCCAACACCCAGUAUAAUGUCACCGCCUAUUUGUUAAAUGUCUCCAAUGAGAGUGCCAAUCAGACGGCAGCAAUGCAGGAAAUGCAAGCGCUGCCAGCAUCCUCUGCAACGGUGGCCUCAAAUAGCCCUCCGGCCACUGCAUCUUCUUCUGCAGCCUCAGCUUCUUUGUCCGUCCUUGAGGGGGGCUCUAACCCUACUACCGUUAGUUCAGUGGUUCAAGCCCCCGGCAGCUCAAAUUCAACGCAUCUACAUGCUAUGACCUCACCUGAAAUUGAACUUUUUCUCAAUUCAGAAUCCCUACAGGAUCAACGUUCGGUUUGGGAACAAAAUUUGGCCGAUUUAAACGAUUUUAAUGAUUUGCCCCUACUGAACUCGCACUAUGGCAAUUUGCCUUUGAAAGAUGGCCAACAGCAGGACAAUAGUCUUUUCGAUCUCCAACAAUUGGAUGUUUUCCUGCCCACUUUUGGUAGCUCGGCUACAUCGGUGACUGAAACUGAUGGUGCGGUAGCUUUAAAUGACACCUUUCCCAAUCCUGAUGAUGAGGCAGGCGUUAAAUUGGAACAAUUUGAUGAUGAGGACGAUAAGGCUUUGUUGGUGGGCAUUAUUGAUACAAAGGCGGUAUGUUCCACCAUCUCUACGGAUGCGGUGGAUAUCAACGAGACUUGUAUUAAGAAAGAGGAAACGGAGGAAUCAUCGAAGCCUGAUACCCAAGAAAGCGAGGUGGACUUGAGUCCCUUCAUCAGCAAUGUGGAAAUGAAAAAAGAGGAAAGCGAAAUUGUCGAUGUUUUAUGGAAACAAGAUGUUGAUUUGGGCUAUAGCCUCACUCCGGCCCAAAUGGCCAAUGUUGCUGGCACUGCAACAAAUGCCACCACCAAUGAAGACGACAUUGAAAAGUUGAAAGCCUUAGAAGCUCUCAAAAUGGAUAAUCCGAAAUUUGAUGACAAGGACGAUGCAGACGAUCAAUUGGCAGCCAAUGAAUGGGCAGGCAUUCCCUUUACUAUUGAUAAUGAAACUGGUGAAUAUAUUCGUUUACCUUUGGAUGAGAUUCUUAAUGACGUUAUACAAUUUGCUGAAUUGGCUGGUGAAACGAGCGAGGACGACGAAGAUACUGGUGCAAGUACCUCAAAAGCAGCUGCUGCAGCAAACAUUAAAAAACAUUUGAAAUCAGACAAAGAGGAAAACGACAACAGCAAUAACGAUACCGACAAUACUUCGUCCAGUGCUAACAACAGCGCCGUUAAAUCGAACGCCUCCAAUCAAAAGUGUAAAAGUGAAGGUGAUGCCAAAGACGACAAAGAUUUGAAAACAGACGGCAGCCACAAAGUUGUUACGUCCAAAAAGAAACGUCAAAACAAAAAAGAACAGGCGAAGAACAUUGGCGAAAACCACGAAGCGGAUAGUGAAGGCGAAGACGACGAUAACGACAACACCGAAAGCGAAUCAGAAUCUGACUCCGACGCUGACGACAACGAAGACGACGAUCUACCGCAAUCAGAGAUCGAAGUCAGUUCGCUACCAUCGCCAUUGUUUGAUUUAGAUGACGAAGCAAACGAAGAACUGAACGAUUUAAGUAUGAUGUUACAUUCUUCAGCUCCCUUUGCACCACACCAUCAUCCGCAUCAUCCCCACCAUCCGCAUCAUCGCGGAGCAGGUGGUGCCGGCGGUGUUGGUGGAUCUCAGAAUUAUGGCGGUGUCAAUAGUGCAUUCCAUCGUCAGCCCAGUUCGGGUGGUUUCCAUCAUGGCCAUCAUCAGGGUCGCAUGCCCCUUAGCCGUGGAGUCUCAAUGGAACAACGUUUGCAAGACAUAGCCAGUCUUUUCAAUCCCAUACCCAGCAUGGGUGUUGUAGGUGGUGUUUCAGAAAUGUCCCCAUAUCCCCAUUAUCCCACGCAUCCCUAUUCGUAUCAGGGUGCCCCACAACAUGCUCAAUAUCCACCUCCCCCACCACAUCCCCAUCAUCAUCAUCAUGCUGCCGCCGCUGCCAUGUUACAUCCCAAUGCCUCUUUGGGUGAUUUGUGUUCGUCACAACCACAUUAUGGCCACAAUUUAGGAUCAGCUGUUACAUCCAGCAUGCAUUUAACCAAUUCCACGCAUGACUCAGAUGUCACAGGUGUUGGUGCCGGUGCUGUGGGUGGUGCAUACAAAAUGGAACACGAUAUGAUGUAUUAUUCGAAUCCUUCUUCCGAUAUGAAUCAUACCACUGAUGGUUUUAUAAAUUCCAUUUUGAAUGAUGAAGAUUUGCAUCUUAUGGAUAUGAAUGUCAAUGACAGCUUUUGCCGCAUGGUCGAUGUCAACAACAGUACCAGCAAUAAUUCUUCAGUUUUGGGUCUUCCCACUGGCGGCGGUAAUGGUGGCCCCGCCAGUGGCAGUUCAACAACAGGCUCUACUACAAGCGGUCUCUCGAUGAGCGGUGCCAGUAAUGUUGCGGCAGCCGCUGCCGGUGCUCCCGGCAUGACCAGUGAUCUAAUGAAUUCAACCACGGCUGCUGGAGCUCAAGCUGUUGGCGGCGGCAAUGAUCGUCUGGAUGCUUCCAGUGAUAGUGCCGUUAGUUCAAUGGGCUCGGAGCGGGUACCCUCAUUGUCCGAUGGGGAAUGGGGCGAGGGCAGUGAUUCUGCUCAAGAUUACCACCAGGGCAAAUAUGGCGGGCCAUAUGAUUACAGUUACAAUAAUACCAACACCAAUAGUCGGCUUAACGAUGGCAGUCGCCAACCCCCAGUGGCCCAAAAGAAACAUCACAUGUUUGGCAAGCGCUAUCUGAACGAACAACCCACCACAAACGGAGCCAACGGUGCCACUGCAGGAGCUGGUGCCACUACAGCCAAUGGUAACGGUGUGCUAGUGCAUGGUCCAGCCCAUGCCAUCAAAUACGAAUAUGAAGCCUAUCCACCCGUAGCUGGCUUACAUGAAAACAUGGGCCAUGGUCUGGACAAUGGUGCCAUGGGUGGAGCAGCUUUGAGCAAAGAACAUCAUGCCUAUGGUUCUGGAGCCUAUUCGCUUGAUUUCUCUUUGCGCACUCCUCGUACUCCCCACGAGCUUAUCCAGCACAAUCACACCUACACUUUGCCCCAGGGAACGGGUUCCUUGCCAAGGCCUCAACAACGCGAUAAGAAACUAUCCACCUCAUCAUCCACGAAAUCCUCCAAAUCAUCGGCCCACAAUAGCAGCGGCAGUGGUGGCGAAGAGGAUUCUUAUAUGACACGCGAUGAGAAACGUGCCCGGGCUAUGAACAUUCCCAUCCCUGUCAUCGAUAUCAUCAACUUGCCCAUGGAUGAGUUCAACGAGCGUCUAUCCAAGUAUGAUCUGAGUGAGAAUCAACUGUCUCUGAUACGUGACAUAAGGCGUCGUGGCAAAAAUAAGGUAGCUGCUCAAAAUUGCCGCAAACGUAAGCUGGAUCAGAUAUUGUCAUUGGAAGAUGAAGUGAAGCAAGUACGUCGGCGCAAAGAUGAAUUGCAGUCACAGCGUGAACGUCUGUUUGCCGAACGCAAAAGAGUGUCGAACAAAUUCAGUGCUUUGCAUAGGCAUAUCUUUCAAUAUUUACGCGACUCCGAGGGUAAUCCCUGCUCACCCUCUGAAUAUAGUUUGCAACAGGCUGCAGAUGGAUCGAUUUAUCUCCUGCCCAGAGAUGCGGCCAAUAAAAAUGACACCAGCGGUAGUUUGCUAAAUGGUAGCCCUGUCAACAGUGGCAGCUCACAAGCUAUACCUGCGCAUCAUACCACCACACAAAUGAAUGGUCAUACACAUGGGGCGCCCACAGGUGGUGGUAGUGGUGCAGCAGCUGCUGUCGUCGCUGCUGGUGGUGGCACUCAUCAUUUACAACAAGCGCCACAUCAGGCAGCUUACAGCCAUUUACACCAUCACCAGCAGCAACAUCCACAUCAGCAGCAGCAGCAGCAUCAUCACCAUCACCAUCCACAGUCGCAACAGCAAACGUCACAUGCAUCCACAGCGACGAGCCAUCAAACCCACGGUGUGGGUCAUCAGCAACAGCCUCAAAAAGAUUGAAACUUAUUGUGGCAACAUUAUGCAGCGCAUUGGUUUAAAAUUCAUCCACAUUUUCAGCAAAGAACUUCUACAACAACUAUGACUACUACUAGCAGCAGCACUACUACACAUUGUAAUCCUAGCUGUCAGCAUGCUUAUACGCCACAUCUUCAUCAUUCUCAUCAACAUAGGCAACCAAAUCAUCUUCAAGAGAAGCGAAAAAUUCGUGAGCGUGAACGUUUCUUUCAUCAUCAUCAAGCUACAAAUAGUAAUCACUACUAUUAUCAUCACCAUCAGUAUCACCAUCACCAUCAUCCUCAUUCGUCGCAUCAUGGGCAUUAUGAGUCUACUUACUACUGAUCAUAUUUGUUUUUUUUUUUUUUAAUAUAAAUAACAAUAAUAAUAAUUCAGGGGUUUUUCUUAAUGUUUUUAUUGUUAAGCAUUUGGAUUAUUGGGCUAUCGCGAAAAAUUAAAAAAAAAAAACAAAAAAUAAUACAACUUGGAACAGGAUUUUCAUUUGAAACGAGUUUAGGGCAAACAUAAUGUAUCAUUAUUUUAAAAAAGAAAAGUAGGUGUAUGUAGUGAUUUCAUUAAGAGUUAUAAUAAUUUUUAAUUCGCUGGCAUUAUUCAAAAACAAAAUGUGAUUUUUCGUUUUUAAACAAUCAUCAUCUAGAAAAGAUUUUUUAGACUUCUAAUAAAAUUGGAGUUUUUAGCUUAUUUUUUAACUUAUUACAGUUUUUUUUUCAUUUAAUCUUAAAAGCACUCAUACCCUUGCUUUUUCUUUUCUUAACUGGGAUCGUUUAGGAAUAUCACCUUUGCUUAACUUGGAUUCGAUGCUCUAUUUUCAAAAUAAUCUAAAUUUAUGAAUUUGUGAUAUAUUAAAAAAAAGCAAAAAAAAACAAAAUAUUUUUCUUUUCGUAGAAGUUUUCAUAAUUAUUUUUAAUAAUUUAUAAUUUACUUUUUGGUUAAAUGGAUUACAACAAAUUUGUAUACUAGAAUUUCUAAAAGUUAUAUUUUAGUAAAUUUUGUUUGCUUUAAUCGGAAAAACGUGUGUAAAAGGUUUAUGUAAGAACAAAGGAAAAAAAAACAGAAAAUUGCAUUCAGCACAAUUGAAAAACAAACUUAAAAAAGGGGAAAUCCCCAACUUUCUCUCUAUAGCUCUUUCAUAUAUGAGUGAUUUAACAUACAAACUUGAAAAUAAAAACAAAUACAUAUGAUUUUCUAUAAUUUAUAUGUAGCUUUUAAAUAUUUUUUUUUUAUUAUCCAUCAAGAGCGAACAACAGAAUGAUAACAAACAUCAAACCAGCCUACGUUAUAGUUAUUGUAAUUGUGGCUUAAGUCAUUGUAAGUUGUUAUAUAGAAUUUUUAUACAUAAGGCAUAUUCCACAACAAAGCGUAUAGUUGAGAUACUUUUUAUUUGUUUUAAAAUUUUUCACAAACCUUUUAAAGGGGAGCUACGGAUAUUUGUGUGAUGUAAACCAUCAGAUCCAUCACCAAUGAAUGGUAGGGUAUACUAAUCUCAGCUUGCCAUUUGUAAUACCUAUUUUUUAACUUAUUAUCCUUGAGGGGGCCUAAGCUCUGAAUACUUAGGGGUGAGCUAAGAACAAUGCAGUAUGUAAUAUUUGUUUACCCAUUACCAUAGGCGCAUGCCAUUUUUAACACCUUCAAGUUAAAAUUUUCUUGAUGUUCUUUGUCGGCCUAGCCGUGUCCGUCCAUCUAUUUUCCCAAAUCAAGAUAGCAUUCCAACACAUAAAGCUAACCACUUGGCCUUCUUAAACCCUAAAUAUCAAUCUUAAUCUCUUGGACUUAUAUUGCCUAUAUUGGCCUUAGCUGUUUUCUCAACCAAAAAAAAAACCUUUUAAUCUUGGCGAAAAUUUGGCACGAGAAUUGCACUUACAAAAACGGUUUAGAUGCGUCCGUAGAGACAUAUAGCCCACAGAUUCCCUCAUUUGAAUUUUUUAACUAAAAGCCUCAAUUUUUGUCCUUUUUGAGGCGUGAAGCACGUUUCGAAUGCAAAAUGCAAAUUAUGCCCGACACCUUUUUGGAAUAUCACCACUAAAUAAGUCCUAAUAAGGAAUCUCAUUAUUAAAAAUAGCUUUAAAUAAUACCUAUUUCUUAUUGGAUUUCAUGAACUACCAGAAGCCUGGGUUUUCAUCUGAUUUGUAUGAAACCUGGCAAAAUGUGCCAGGUUGUACUUCCAAAGUUGGUGUCCCCACCAACUGUAAAUCAAAACACGUGUAAUAAAAAUACAGAAUUAAAAACAAUGUACAGUUAUAACUGUACUGAGUAUAACGUUAACUAAGCACCGAAUCCCAAAGCGUCCACUUCAGACGAAUUCUAAAUACAAAGUGAAUAAAGUAUCUCAACUAAACUUUUUGUGUGGAAUGACCCAUAUAAACAACUCUAUGCAAACUUCCCAAUAUAUAUAUGUACAAUAUAAAGGUUGGCCCUUCAAGUGGUCGCCCAUAUUUUAAUGGUCCACCUUUAAUCAAAAAAAAAAAUCAUAUAAAGGUUUCGUAAGCCACCCAAUUGCAUCUCUACCAUAAAUAAAAUAACUUGAAAUUUUAACAGCCAAAUCCACUCACCAAUUGUAUACACCGAACGAAAAAAUUAUCUUGGUUUAUUAUUGGCGUGUUUUAUUUUAAACUUAUGCACUGCAAGUCAGAUGUUCCAGAUAGAACUGCAGUGCAAAGUUUUACUGGGGUAAGUUGUCGAUACCACAC